AACGUUAAAAGCGUCUUUAAUCAGGGUCACCUAGUCGGAAAGACCUUAGGACCUUAAUGGUAAUAAUUUGCUACAAAUGCUUUGGGGGCACUUAGGGUCUACAUUUUCGACAGGUUUCUGUUUCAUUAUGUAAUCUCACAGCUCUAGUGCCUUCUGAUUUGAAGACACUAAAUGCUUUACUCCACUCUGCUCUAUUCUAUUAUACCGAUCUAAGUUACUUGUUAAAGUUUAAUGAGGUUGAAUCAUUUUACAAAGCGUUAGAGCUGAUGGUGUUUGAUUAGGGAGAGUCUCAAAGAAUAUCUAACUGAAAGUGACCGUUUUAGGUAUUCGAGGGUUUUCCAAAAAUCCAAACUGAACGUAACGACGUACGUAACGUAAGCAAUUGGAAAAGUUUCAGCUUAAAUCUGAUAAAUAUACCUAUCAACCUCAGGGUAUGCCCUUAGUUCUGACGACUUGACUUAAUCAUUUCACAUAAGUUAAAUAAUAUUUUAGUAGGUUCACUAAUCUAAACUAGUUCGGAAGAGCGAAGAAAACAUCAAAAGUCGGUAUGGUUUCGGAAUUUAAAAGGGAUAUUUAAAUACAAGUUUAGUCUCAUAUGAUCCUCCUCAUCUAAAGUCAUCUCAGCUGUUCAUAGAAUUCCGAAUAAAAAAAACUAUCGAUUUUAUACCGUGUAGUUUCAACUUUUUCCGGGGGUUUUUACAAUUCGCGCUUUUUAUAGCAAAUUUAAAUGCGCUUACAUAUGUACUAGAAAAAACGAUGUUCAUCACAACAAUAACAUUCACAAAACUUCAGAAGUUAUAGUGCCAUGAAUAUGCAAAUAAGCAGCAAAAGAAAUAAAUAAACAAGCGGUGCAAAAUAAAAUGGAGAACAAACAAACCGCAAAAAUUAAGUAAGAGCGUUUUAAAGCCGUGCCGAUCUGAAAAAUACAGAGUUUGGCAGAAUAAACAGUUUGUUUUCUUAUUUCUACGAUUUCUCAGUAGCGGCACAAUAUACAAAGAUACAAAAAUAAAGUUUAUAGCCGCCGGCACCGCGACGUUAUAGGUAUAAAUAGAGGCGGCGGCUGCGCAAUCGAUUGUGAGUCUCAAUUGAGCUGGUCAAGCGUGUGGACGUACUUAAUAAUAAUAAACUAAAAUGUCGAAAUUCUUCCUUGCUGCACUACUCUGCGUCGCUGCGUGCGCACAGUUUUCUUUCGCUGCCAGCAUCGCCGAAGCGAUCGACGCUGAUCUGCGUGUUAACCUCGACAGUUACAACAAGAUCCUCGUCGGAGUCGAUGAGGCACACAAGGCCAAUCUCGAGAAAUUGAUCGCCCAGACCGAGGCUGCGCUCAAGGAGACCGACAGCAAAGCGAAGACCACUAUUUUGGAUGGUCUGACUGGCACUUUCCCCGAAGAAUUCAAUCAGUACUUGCACAAGAAAUUGCAGGAAUUGAAUGUUGAUGGUGAAAUCCAAAACUCCCUCGAAUUCUACAAGGCUUUGUUGCCAAAAUCCGAUUCCGCUGAAUUCAAGGCUGAUAUUGAGAAAUCCAUCGAAAGCUUGAACGCUAUCGCCAAGGAAGCUGAUGCCGCCAAAAAGGUGGAAAGCUACUUGAAAUUCACCCAGGAUCAUCGUGCUAGUUUCCAAGAAUUCUUGAAGAAGCAAACUUUGCCAGAGAUCGAAAAAUCAUUGAACGGUGCCAUCAAAUUCUUUGACGGUUUACUCGCUGACGCCGAUAUCAAGCACAAGGAUGAAAUCGCCGCUUUGAAGGUUAAGGCUGAAGGUGGUUUGACUGCCGCCACUUUGGAAGAUAAGCAAAAGAUUUACUUCGAAGUUACCAACCCCGAAAACAAGGACGUCUUCAACUACUUGAGAGAAAAAUACGUUGAAAAGCAAUAGGUGUCUCAUUUCGUCUAACGAGUAUUCUAUGAACUAAUUGUAUGUAAUCGUAAAAUUAAUUUAUUACAAAAUUGAAGAAGAAUGUGUGUCGUAAAAUGGACCUGUCUAUUGGCGUACGUGUGAAAAUAAAAAUUGGAAAAGCAUAUUGCUAAAAUGAAAUAA